UGUCAAACAUCGGUCCAGUGCCUCUCACACUGCCACACUUACAAACACGUUAGUAUUAUCUGUACCCGUGGGCAAAUGUCUGUCAUGGAGCUCAUCAAGGAUGGAUGGUUUACUGAGUCUUGCACGCUGUGGCCGGGACAAGCCAUGAGCCUCCAGGUGGAAGAGGUCCUCUACCACAAGAAAUCCAAGUAUCAAGAUAUUAUGGUGUUCAAGAGUAAAACCUAUGGGAAUGUCUUGGUGCUGGAUGGAGUGAUCCAGUGCACAGAGAGAGACGAGUUUGCCUACCAGGAGAUGAUUGCAAACCUUCCCCUGCUCAGUCACCCCAACCCCAAGAAGGUGCUGAUCAUCGGCGGUGGAGAUGGCGGUGUGCUCAGAGAAGUGGUGAAGAAUCCGCUGGUGGAGACGGUGGUUCAGUGUGAGAUUGAUGAGGAUGUCAUUAAUGUGUCUAAGAAGUACCUCCCAGGGAUGGCCAAAGGGUUUUACAGUCCCAAGCUCAACCUUCAUAUUGGAGAUGGCUUUGAAUUCAUGAAGAAGAACCAGGAUGCCUUCGACAUCAUUAUUACCGAUUCCUCAGACCCCGUUGGACCUGCUGAGAGUUUGUUCAAGGAGUCUUACUAUCAGCUGAUGAAGGCAGCGUUGAGAGAGGGUGGAAUUCUUGCUUCCCAGGGCGAGUGUCAAUGGCUCCAUUUGGAGCUGAUAAAGGAGAUGCGCACCUUCUGCAAGACCCUAUUCCCCGUGGUGGACUACGCCUACAGCACCAUCCCAACUUAUCCCAGUGGCCAAAUUGGAUUCAUGCUCUGCAGUAAAAAUCCUGAAACAAUUUUCAGGGAACCAAUGAGAACACUGUCAAAAGAAGACAUGGAAAGUAUGAACCUUAGGUAUUACAACCCUGACAUUCACAGAGCAUCGUUCGUCCUGCCCGAGUUUGCAAAGAAGGUACUGAAUGAAGCAUGACCAGCAACAACAGACCAGCAUGUUCAUCCUCGCCCUGGCCCUCAGAUCACAAAUUAACAACCUUGUUCAGUGACUUCUUCACCGCCUCAGCACAGUUCAGCACCACUGACGAGAGGAGCUUCCGAAAGAUUUUAUUGUUGGAGGUACCUAACAAUCAGUGGGCGGCGACUUGCUGAGAUCUGCGGUGAAAGUGUUAGUUCGUUCCAGUGUCACCUUCCUUCCAGUCUUACACGCUCUUUGUGUUUAUUUAUUUUGAUGAUGUAUUUGGUUUAUUUGAUUUUUACUGUAAUUGUGCAGAGCAAUUUAGCGGGCUGGGCUGAGUGGGAGGAGCAUUGCCGUCAAACCUGACCUCACUCUGAAACUGUACUGUCUCUCGGAUUCACUGCAUCUACACAUGUAUGUGAUACGUUGCAUACCACAUAGAGUAUGUGCAUGUGAUGUAUUGCUGUACUUUUAUUUGUUAAAUAUCAGUUUGUGCUCAUAGGAAAAUACACGGUUGCCAUGUAUCAUGACUGUAAAUUCAGAAUACUCAUGUGUCCUCUACACAUGAACCCUAUAGUGCCUGAAAUCAGUUUGUUGUUGAAAAAAGAUUUGUUCUGUAUCUAUCAAAGUGUACCAGGCACAUAGUGGCCUCGAAGAAAGCUCAAUUGUUAGUAGAUGAGAAAAAUUGUCCCUUUAAAGUAUCACCAAUUUAAGAUGAAAUAAAUCUGCUCAGCUUUGACCAUCAGUUUGACAUGAAGUCUUUAAUGUUAACAGUGUUAAAAUGCAAAUUAAGUACACAUUUAAUUUGGCACUAUAGCAUUAAAGCUUUGCAAUGCUUUAAGAUGUGAAUUCAUUAUGCAAUUAUUAACUUGCAUUGUUGGGUAUUGACUUGAGUACUGGCAGUAGGCUAGUGUUGUAGUAAGCCUUUAUGAUCAAACAUCUUCAGUUGCUACCUGUUAGUUGUAAAUCUACAUUGAAUCUGUUGACGAUUAGUGUCACACCUGAGCAAUGAAUUUGUGAUUUUUAUAAGAACUGUAAUAAAUUGGUAACAUAAAAGGUU